AUGGAGUACCAGUACAAAUCUCACUCAACCUAUGCAUAUACACAAGCUCACGACUUAUGUGCCUUCUCCAAGCAAGGCUCAUCAGAUGAGUCACAGGCGCCGGCGGCACCGUGGGAGAGGAGCCAGAGCUCGAGGGAGCCGUCGGCAUGUGCGGCAUAUGGGUCUAUCCCUUCUUCCUCCUCCCUCUCUCUCUCUCUCUCCCUCUUCGGCGAUGGAGGCGGAGUGGCGGCGGCGUGCGGGAGGGAGCCGUCAGCGCUCGUGGCCUCCCAUCCCACCGGCGCCGCCGCCGCUGCUCGUCUUCGCGGUCAUGGCGGCGUCCGGUGCACCGUCGCUGUGACGCGGUUCGUCGUCGGCUUGACCAAGCCCUGCCUUGGUUCGUCGUCGGUGCACGUCGUGGUGUUCUCCGACGGCUGCGACGAGGGCGGCCCAGCGGAUCUCGGCGGCCACCGUGGCCCGUACUUCGAGCGGCUGGAGGAGGUCGGGUCGGUGGCGCUGGACGAGCUGGUCUGGGAAGAGGCGGAGCAGGGGAGGCCGGCGACGGUGGUGUUGUACGACACGUUCAUGCCGUGGGUGCCGCAGCUGGCGCCUCAAAUUGACGAAUCUCAACGUGCUGGGGGAGGAUGUAUUUUUCUUCAGCUGAACCCAUCUGAUGAAAUCCCAAGUGACGUGCCAUGCUCUCGACGCGGCGGAGAAGCGAGCCCAUCUGUUGACAUGGGUGCCCCGGCUGGCGCGACGUUCCUGACGCAGACGUGCGCUGUGGACAUGGUGUACACGCACGCACGCUCCGGGGAAAAUAGAGGCGACGGCGAUGCCACCGCCACCGCGAGACGUCUGGUCGCCGAGCAAGUGGCCGUGUCGGCGAGGUGGCUGUCGCGGAGGUCGAGGCCGACGAUGCGGAGCGAGAGAAAGAAGCGCCGCCCGCGGCGGUGUCGGCGAGGUGGCCACCGUACCAGGCGCUGUGAGGUGUGGCCGUGGCGGCGCCAUCGUUGCCAAUCCGCACCCGUCUUGGUCGCUGUUUAGACAGCGUGGGAAAAAGAGAGGAAUGAAGAAAGAGAGGAGAGAAAAAAAAUGUGACACUUACGUGUGGGUCUCACAUGCUGAGUCAGCUAGUUGGACCGGGUCAAGGCACCACAUCAGCAAAAUCACUCUCCAAAACCAUUGAGGGAGUCAAGUUGCACCGAUUUUAAUAACUGAGGGAGUCACGAUAUCUGGUUUUGCGUUUCAGGGUUACAUAUUAGAUUCGUGUUACUUUGAAGGGAGUCAAUAUGGACUUAUUCCACUAGUUUUCUCAUGGCAGAUCUGCUGGGCUUGGCCCAUUAACAUGGUGAAGGCCAGGAGCGAGGAAAGUUGCCAAGCAGGCGCUGAGAUCAAGCGAUGCCCGGAGGAGGACACCGGACACGGAUGCCAAUUGCCAACGGAUGGCCUAGACCAGCGACUUGUUCGUGAGAAAAUCUUCUGGGCCCAAGCGGCAACAGCUGGGUCACGGCCCCAUGGGGUUGACGUUGAGCAAGAGAGGCAGGUGCACCGUGCACGACGCGCUGCUGCCCCACGGUGUCCAAAUCCAAUGUCCGAUCACCAUUCUGUAUUUCUAUUCAUCCGUUCAUGCAUGCCACAAAAGCGGAGGCUCAGGCUCUUCCUUCUCUCUGAUCCUGAUAACGUAAAACGCGUAUACCGCACUUCGUCUACGAGUGGUCUGUACCGGUCAAGGCGCCGAUCGAGCCCUCGUGCUAGUGCCCCCAUCACUCGCGUCGUCACCUCACUUGCGCACUAGCUUAAUCCAUGGAUGACAUGAUAGCCAUCGCUCGCACGAGCAAGCAAGAGAUAAUCUAAAACAAAUCCCCAGCUUCCCCCCACCGAAAACGCUUAUUGCUGCCGCGUCUGCAAGCCACCAAGCGACCCCGAGGGCAAAAUCCCCUUUCCGCCGACUCGAACCGCACCACCGAGCCGAGCCGCCCGGUUGCUCGUUGCACAGAUCACAUGCGGUUUUGACCUUUUCACCCGCGUAUCAUGUGG